AUGGCCCGCUGCAAGACGCGUCUUGCAUGCAAGAGCUUGGACGAGCUCAUGGAGCCGCUCCACCUCGCCCAAUGCGCCAAGUGCCAUCGCCCGAUCCACAAGGCGCACAUCGACCGGCACAUGCAGCAAUGCAACGUACGCCACCAUGCGCCACCACGGGCGAGUGACAUCCAAAGCGCUGCAACGCAGCUUGCGUCGCCGCACGAACAAGAUGCGAGCCCUUCGUUCGUGCCCAACAGCGGCGAAACGUUUCCAGUGCUCUUGCCCAUGCACGAGCUAAAGGCGCUGGCCUUUACGCCGCCAUCGCGGCCCAACCUCCACACGACGCUGCAAGUCGAGGCGACGCGGCAGAUCCUCUUUGGACAAACCACGGUCGCCAAGCGAAAGCUGCCAAAAGGCGAGAAACCACCGACACCAAAGCGCCACCACGUGGCAACGCUCCCUGCCAGCACGCCGGCCAAGCCCGCACUUCCGCGCAUCAAGCCAGUGACUCUGACCGCCCAAGCCCAGAGUGGUGCUUUGUCUACCAAGCCAGCGACCAAGCCUGAUGCUAAACGUGGACAGAAGACAUCCCCCCGACCACAAACGACAUUGGCUACAAUCGCACCCGCGAAGGCGAGACUGUCCAAGAAGGCACGGACAGUGUCGCCCAAGGUGGUGCGCGUACCACCGAGUGCACCACGCAAAGCGAUGCCGCCGUCCAAGGCCGCCAUGCCGCGCUCGGUCGGGCGUGUCGUGCCGCCGCCGCUUCUGGCCUUCCCCAAGCACGUUGGUUUACUGCCGCCAACACCGGUGGGGAUACUUCCCCGUUUGCUAUCGCCUACGAUGUCUCUCACGCCCCACAAGAAGACACCACGCACAACAUUUCGCCCUGAGCUGCUCCACCGCGCGUACACGGCCCUCCCAACCCUUCUGUCGUGGAGCCAGGACGACCCCGACAUGAUUCAAAUGCCCCCGUCGCUGGCCGCAUCCUCGCCACCCAAUACGCCGUCGUCGCGGUCGUCGGACCUCCUUCUCCAAACCCUCUUGUUGCAAGAUAUAUAG